AUGCGCCGGAGUGUCAUUCUUGCUGCUCUCGGCGGCUCACCGGCGACGACACCGGGUGAGGGCACCAAAGACGCGACGACUCCGCUCAAAGGAACAAGCUCGCCCUACUCUCGCUCGUCACCACUGGCGGACAUCUCACGUAACGCCAACGCGGCUGGGUUUGGUCCACUGCUUGGGCGAAAACCGUUCAAGCCGCCCUCUUUCGCCAACCAGCGCGAGAAAGACAAUCCCGAUGGCGGCAGGAAGCGCAAAAAGGUCGAUUAUCGCGGCAUGGACACGGGUGGAGGCGAUGAUGGCGAGGCAGGUGCAGCAUCUGACUCGGACGAUGACGGCGCCAACGCCAAGGCUGGUAAAGCUGGAGCCAAGAAGAAGGGCAAGGCGGCCAUGAAAACGCUCGAAGGCGUCUACAAGGGUAUUGACGCCACGGGUGUCUCGCUCAAUGUGGAUCGCCGCAAGUGGAACGUGUUCGAGAUCAAACCUGACGCCAUCAAAAAGGGCUUCUCCGUACCCGUCAUGACCAAUAAGCAAGGUCAGGUGGUCGAGACGAGGCUGUCGUAUGCAGCGCUGGCUUAG